UUUCUGUUGCUAUCUUUCUUUACAAGUAUCCCAAGUACUGCCCCCUUUUGCUUCCGGAAAAUCUUGAACCCCCUGAACAUCUUUUCUGCUAUUGCUUUUAUUUUCUUGAAAUAGUCAUGAGUGGAGAUAGACUUGUGUCUGUGUUUACAAUUCAUAGUAACACAUGUUUUACCUGUAACACAUUAAUUUAUCUGUGACCGUAUCCUAUAGAUAUGUCAGCAUUAGAAUUGGGAGAAGAGGAAGAUGUAGAAUCACCUUCUCUUCCUGAGUAUCAAGUUCCAUUAAAGGUUGAAGAAAAAAAGAAGCACAGAGGAAGUGACAUGGAAGUAUCAGAAAACAUACAUGAUGCUGCGGCUGCUGGAUUAAUUCCACAAAGACAGAAUGGGAAAACUGAUAACCAUCAAUUGCCUUUUGGAGAAAAAAAAGAUUCUGAUAGGAGGGAACCUGGUUUACAUAUGAAGAAGUUAAAGAAAGGUGAAAAUGAAAAAGGGACAUCAAAAGGAUCUGUGAUCACACCAGUGUUGCAGAAGGCAGAUUCCCUAACUGGUGGUCCACUACAAAAGAAUGAUGGCAGCCAUUUCAGUGAAAAGGAUCAGCAUGAAAGCAGACCUGCAAAGAAAAUUUCUAAGAAAAAGAACAAGGUCAAAAAGCAAAUUACCUCUAUGGAUGACCUUGUCGACUUCAUUCAGUCAUCUGAAACAGCUUCAGAGCAUUGUGAGUUGCCUUACUCUAAGAAUUUCAUGUUGCUGAUUGAACAACUUGGCAUGGAUUGUAAAGAUUAUGCUGGCUUCUUGAAAAUCCAAGAUAUACGUGUUUCCUAUGAGAAAUUAAGGAAACUUAACACAAAUCACUGUAAACUUCUUAUGGGAAAAAUGACGAAAAUGGACAAAAUGGUUAGUGCACUACAAAACGAGCUACAGGAAGCCAAAGACAUGAUAUCACGGUUAGAACAUCAAAAAGUGGAAUGGGAACGUGAAUUCUGCAGUUUGAGAUGUACCUUAAAACAAGAAGAAGAAGAAAGAAGAAAUGCUGAUAUGUUAUAUGAAAAUAUUAGGGAAAAGUUAAGAAGAAAAGAAGACGAAUAUAAGAAAGAAGUUGAAACAAAACAACAAGUUGAACUCGCUCUUAGAAUGCUAAACACGGAAUUGAAGGCCACAAAAAAUCAGGUUGUAGAAGAGCGCAGUGACACUCAGUGGCAACUUUCUCCAGAACAGAAGGCCAGAGUCUUACAAGAUGGAAGUCUAAACAAUCUCUUUUGCAAGCAAAAGGAGCUAGAAAUGGCUCAUAAGAAAACUAAUUCUAAGGUAGUUGCGAGACAACUGCAACAAGAACUGGCUGAUACUCUGAAGAAAAAGUCUAUGUCAGAGGCUUCCCCAGAGGUUACGUCAUAUCUUCGUCUGGAAGAUGAAACACGGGAUCUCAAGAAGAAAUUAGGUCAAAUCAGAAGUCAGUUGCCAGAAGAACAGGAACGACAUGGAGAGGCCGUAAGAUAUGCUCAGGAGAUGAAAGAUCAUGUGCAAAAGCUACAGGUUAAAAAUGCCACACAAGAAGCAACCAUCAAACAUCAAGCGGCCCAGAUUCAAGAUCCUGAGAACAACGUGAUAAAGACAAGUUUGGUAAGUCGAUCUCUUAAUGUCUGUCCUACUGAAAAAGAAUCCGUAUUUCACUAUGUUUUAUUCAUGCAGGCUGAUGUCCUUACAACAGAACUGGAAACUACAUCUUCAAAAUGUCUACACCUGGAUGCAAAAAAUCAAGUUCUUCAACAAGAGUUAUUAUCAAUGAAAGCUUUUGAAGAAGAACGUGAAAAACUAGAGAGCAAUAACAAGAAGUUACAGCAAGAAGUAGUAAAAUUGAAACAAUUUAUGGAAAUGAAUAUGGUAGAACGCAGUCAAGUGGAGCAGUAUAAACGGGAGAUUGAAGAAAGAGCACGACUGGACAUAGAAGAAAAAUUACACGAAGUCAACCUGUUUUUACAGGCACAAGCAGCAGCUCGAGAAAACUUGGACCAGUUAAGAGAAAAUGCUCAUGCUUCAACGAGAAGUCAAAUGGAACUUAGAAUUAAAGAUCUGGAAUCUCAGGUCUCUACAAUGAAGACUUCUCAAGGUUCGACUAAAACAGAGUUGGAAACCUACAGGCAACUCUACCUAGAAGAAUUAAAAGUUAGAAAGUCCUUGAGAAAUAAGCUGAAUAGGACUAAUGAGAGACUGUCAGAGAGCAAUACAAAACUUGUUGUGGAGAGACAGCAGCACCAAACUUUACUCAGGACCCUUACUAUGAGCCCAGGCCUGGAACCACCUUAUUGUGGACAUUUUGAAAAUAAUUUAGUGCUCAAUGGAAACCUUACUCCAAGAGGAAACUUAGUGAUUCCUACCUUAAACCCACGGCUGUCAUAUGACGACAGGGAGACUUCCUUGUGGAAGGAUUACUUCAACAAACAAAUCAAAGCACACCUGGUGGAAGGCUCAAACCGCCACUCCAAGUAGCGAGAAAAGCAGCCAAAGACGCAC